CAAGCAGGAGGCAGCAACUCCGGGGACAGAAUGGGCCAUGUCCUACCCAGUGACCAGUCAGCCCCAAAGCGCCAGCACCUGCUACCAGACCCAGCUCAGUGACUGGCACACCAGCCUCACGGACUGCUGCAACGACAUGCCCGUCUGUCUGUGCGGCACCUUCGCCCCGCUGUGCCUCGCCUGCCGCAUCUCCGACGACUUCGGCGAGUGCUGCUGCACGCCCUACCUGCCCGGAGGCCUGCACUCCCUCCGCACCGGCAUGCGCGAGCGCUACCGCAUCCAGGGCUCUGUCGGGAAGGACUGGGCAGCCCUCACCUUUUGUUUGCCCUGCGCCCUCUGUCAGAUGGCGCGGGAACUGAAGAUCCGAGAGUAAAGAAGUUUCCCCCACCCUUCUCCUCUCAGCGCCCCCGCCCCGUGACGCCUGCCCUCCUCUGCCCUCUCCUGGGAAGGCCUGCCCCUCCGCCCCAUCCCUCACCAAAAAUGCGUCCACAAUAAAAACCUGAAAACCAA